AUGGCCUCUCCUAUUACAAUGGACUAUCCUGACAAUGGCUCCUCACAAACCUCAAAGUCACUGGCUGGUGACAUAAUGAGCGCAACAAGGCCGAUGCAUACGAAAAUCAAUAAACUGAUUACGUCUCGACUACCACUGGCAGUCCCUCCAAAGGCCCCUGAUUCCGGCCCUUAUGCCUGCGGCCUACUGCACAUUCUCCCAAUAUACAUGACUUUUGAGCGAUUGUGGCUGGAUAUUCUCGAUACGCCUCCCGGAGACGCUCCAGGCCAGAUUUCUGAGCGUAUGCAUACUAUUCUCAAAGAGAUACAUCUUCCUCAGCUCUUCCGCUCCGACCGCCUCAGAACCGAUAUCAAAUCCAUGACGGGCUGGACCGACGACAUCCUCGACCUCCAAAUCAACGGCAUAAAGGGAACAGGCGAGCUAUCCAUCUUUAUUUCACACAUCACACAAGUCGUCCGCGCGAAGCCACACGUCCUCAUCGCCUACUCAUACAACCUAUUCAUGGCGCUCUUUGCCGGAGGACGCUUCAUUAGAGCAACCCUCGAAAAGGCCGGCGAAGAGUUCUGGCAAACUGUCCCCGAGCACAUCAAACCUACGAUGCAGCCGUGCGAGCCAGCACCGAUCAUUGGUUCCUCCUUGGAGCAAAUAGAAGAGAUUAACCACAGCAAGAAUAUCAUGCCACUGCGAUUCUGGUCUUUUGACUCGGAAAACGAUGGUGAGGACUUGAAGCAGGAAUAUAAGACAAAGCUGCUUCAAUGGGAAAGCGAAUUGACAGCAGAAGAGAGGGAGGAUAUCCUCCAAGAAUCUGUAUACAUUCUGGAGAACAUAGGCCUGCUUGUCGGCCAACUGGACGCCGUCUGCAGCGAAGUACAAGACGAUGAGAAGCCGGUCGUACAGAUGCCCAUGAGACCUUCCUUGGCGAGUCUUCUAGGUGGCACCCAAUUUGGGGCGCGUCUGCGUGACAGCCUCCUUAUUGCUCGAGAGCGCGGCAUUGGAAAUCCAUUCCGGAGUAAAUCACUAGACGCGGUGGAAAAUGAGAAAGGGGAUACCGCAACAAGUACCGAAACAGCGUGCUCUGGUGUUCCCAAAUCUAUGAGAUUUGCAAAGUCGCUCCCUAUUCCACCGCGAAAGCAUCGUGCUGCAAAAGAUGGUCUCGAUUUACAUACAAAGUCACAACGGCGAGAUGCUAGUGGCACUAUGAUAGGACCAGCGCUAGUGGGCGUAUUUGGCUUGUUCUUCCUCUAUGUAAUAUACAGUCGCGUUGGAGGGGUCAUAGUAUGA